UGUCACUUAACAAAUUAUAUUUCACUAAGAAAACAGAAAAAAAAAGGACUUUCACUUUCAACAAACAUUUACCUUGGAUACUCAAAGUUCACUAACUUGAAUGUAUAUGUAUCUUAAAUAAACGCUAAUCAAUCAUUUAAAAUGUAAAACAAUACGUUAAUAGUUCCAUUAUUGUUGUAAAUAUCAAAAAUACUUAGUUUCUAAUGUUGACGUGAUGUUUUACCCAAAAGUAAUCAAAUAACAAUGAAAAAGAUGUUUUUCUGCAAGAAGUUAAAAAAUCAGUUACGCCCCAGUUUAGUUGUAAAACAGUUGAUUUUUAGUAGCUCUGUAUUUGACUACAGUUAGAUAUUUUCUGUUUGUUAUCGAAAUAUACAUUUCGCCAGUUCUCGCAUAUAAUUAUCGACUUAACUCGCUUUACUGAAUAACAAAAUUAAAUAAGUCAAAUAGGAGAAUGGAGUUUGAAUACUUAUGUUUCAUACAAUAAUUAAUCGGAACAGACAGUCAGAGAAUUACAGCGAAGGAAGCACAGAGGUGAAAGUGAAGCAAAACGAAAGGACGCACAGUGAAGAAGGUGAGUUAACCAAUUCAAUUUAACCAAGUGUGAAUCAAUAUUUAUAGUCAGAGAAAAAUCAGUUACAGACAUGUAAUGUGUAAGAUAAGCAAUACAUGCACACAUGAUUAUAUAAAAGACAGUCAGGAUGAAUAAGCAAUAAAUGACAAGGUCAAAGUGUAACUUGAGAAGAAUAGUUGAAUUGGUUUGAUCAGAAGCUCGAAUAAGUUAUAAUGGUUCAACAUAAUAUCAGCCACUAUAGAUUAAUUCAAAUGAUUUCACUAAUGAUUAACUUUAUUAAUUAAUUUUAGAGAUAAGCAUUCAGUAAACUGGCAUAAAAAUUAAUGUGAUAUAAUCAAUAAUAUGCGUAAAUAAUUGAAGAUUAAAUAGAAAAGUGCAAUUUAUCCGUAUAGUAUAAUACUAUACUAUAAAUGAUUACAUCAUAAGAUAAUAUUCAAUAGUUCAUAUUUAUUCAUUCAAUAUAUAUAUUAACACAUUAAUUACCCAUUUUAAACUUUCCUCUGGAUCUACUACUGUUUAUUUUAUACAUUAGAACAAAGAAUAAAUAAACGAAUUCCUACAUAAAGACACAUGAAAAUUCGAUUAUUAUCAAUUAUAACAAUCAUUAUACAAUGCAUUCCAUCCAUCUUAUCAGCUACAUCGAGUAAUCAAAAAGAAAGUUCAUCAUCUUAUUAUUAUGUGGUACGUUCACCAAAAAUUGAAAAACGAUCAUAUACAGAAGAUGAAGCAUUAACACAUCAGAAAGAAAAAACAAAAAUUGAUACUGCUAUUCAAACAUAUACAAAAACAACAAAUACAUCCUCUUCACUUUUGUCUCCAGCAUCAUUAUCAAUAACAUCAUCAUCAUCAUCAUCUUAUGGUAAUAAUGUGAAAAAGAAUAAUGGUGCAUACAAUGUUAAACCUAAUGUAACUAUGAAUGCAGAAAGUAUAUAUCAAGAUAAAAAUUCAUUGAAAUAUGUGAAAACUGUAAAAAAACGUCGAGAAAUCAGUGAGGUUAUUAAACAUAUACCAAAAUCGACAUAUAAUCAACAAUCGAAUAAAUAUACUGAUCAGAAUAAGAAAACUAAUAAUUAUAAUGAUAAAAAGGAAACAAAGAAUUACAAUAAUGUUAAGAAGAAAUACACAUAUUCUGAUAGUAGUAGUAGUAAAAGUAAUGACAACAAUCAUCACAAUGAUAAAAACUACAAUAAUAAUUAUUAUUAUUAUAACGGUAAUAAUAAUAACUACAACGGUAAUGACAAUUACAAUAACAAUCACAAUAAUUACAAUGGUAAUAGUAACGAUCGUUACAAUAAUGGCAAUAACUACAAUGGCAAUGACAAUUACAAUAACAAUGACAAUAAUUACAAUGGUAAUAAAAACAAUUAUUACAAUAAUGGCAAUAACUACAAUGGCAAUGACAAUUACAAUAACAAUGACAAUAAUUACAAUGGUAAUAAAAACAAUUAUUACAAUAAUGGCAAUAACUACAACAGUAACGGCAAUGAUGGUAACAAUAACGACUACUAUUCACAUGAUUACAUCAAAAACACUGGCAGCUACAAUAAUGAUGUAAAAUAUAAUGCUGAAAAUUACAAUCGUGAUUAUACACGCAAUGUUUAUAUAUCUGACAAUAAUGACCGUAGGAAUAAUCGAAAUUCCAAUAGAAAUUACGUGAUUAAAAAUACCAAAUUUAACAAUUAUGCCAACAGAUAUAAUGGUAGGCGAAGAAAUAAUAAAAGACAUAAUAAUAAUAAUAAUAAUAAUAAUAAUAAUUACAACAAAGCCUAUAAUAACCAAAGACGUUAUAAUGAAAAUCGUAAUAUCGGGAAUAAUAACAAUUACAAUCGUAACGGUAAUCAAAACUAUCAGAAUGGUUAUCGUGCUUACAAGUACAACUAUAAUGGUAAUAAUAAUAAUGACCGGAAUAAUUUCGAUGACAAAUCUAAUUACAAUUACAAUAAUGAUCGUAAUAACCACAAUAACAAACAGAUUAAUCAAAAUGUCAAUUAUAAUAUCAAUAACAAUGACGCUUACAAUGGAUAUGAUAAUUACAAAACCAACAAUCAUCCUGAACGUAAUAUACCCUAUCAAAAUAACAAUAAAUAUAAUAACAUUGAAAAUAAUGUGAAUAAUGAUAAUAGUAAUAAUAAUUAUCAUGAUACGUACAAUACUAAAGAUUAUGAAACUAACAGAAAUCCUGUUAAUUAUGGUAGUAGUUAUAUUAGAAGUAAAUUAGGUAAACCAGAUUAUUCUACUCCUGCAGAAAGAAGUAAUGAACAAAAUUAUCCAUCAAUGCCAAAUACAGCGAAUGAACAAUCAGACAAUCAAGAAAGUAAUCAAUAUGGGAAAGAAAAAGAGAAAGAUACAGAUUUUAAUCCAGUAGGACAAGAUGUUAAUCCCAUGUCCGGUUUAAAUCCUUUUAGUGGUAUAUUCAAUUUAGGACAAAUGGGAAAUGGAGGGUUAGGUUUUUAAAUUUUAUGCUAACUAAAUGAUUAACAAUUACUCAAAUUCAUGGAUAUAUUGUGACAAAACUAUGUUUUAUUUUUAAAAUAUCUUUCCUCAACUGAUACCAUAUAAACAGUUAAUAAAGGCUUAUUUAUUAAGCUAGAUUUUUCCAGUCAAAAUGAUUUAAUAUUUGUAAUUGAAUGUCAUCUUUGUAUGUUUAUCAUGUUUUUUUCUAAGAUCUGAAAUAGAAGUAUGAACUGAUUUGAUG